GAAAGGAGACAGUGUAUAUUGCGUAGCCUACUCUUUGCUCCGCACUAACUAAAUAAAAUAAUUAUUCUCAGGUGAUGAUCACAUUGAUCAAAGCUUUCGUGUUUUUUUAAGUGAUACACGCUAUAAGUGUGUUCUCAUCUAGCUUUGGACUCUCAUGUAACUAUGCAAGAUCUUUAACCAUAUACACUGAAGCGGAAAAGGCGCAAAACGCACAGUAGGCUAUGUAAAGCGUAAGUGACCGAAUUAAAAAUAAAAGUUCUUUUGGAUAAUCGACUUGAAAUGGACUUUGAUUUGAAGUCUCCCGCGUAAUGAAAACCUGCAACUUCAGCUCGAUCUUCACUUGGAUUAAGUUCUGUCAUCUGCACUAACGCCUUCACAAAGACAAUACCCAAAACGAGAACUUGUACAUCUUGUGGUGUUUCUGGGAAACUGCAAUAUCACCUUUCCAUAAACCAUUUACAGCCAUCAGAGGAUCCACACAGAAUGGAGGAAUAUUCUUUCCCAUUAAUCUGAAACAGCAAUGCUUUUGCAGACCAACAGGAGAGUAAAUUAAAAAGUCUUCCAGCAGUUCAAAAGAGCCAAAAAUAAAGGAUCUUCAGUUCUCAUGGUAGAAUAAGUGACCAUAAAGAAAAUAAUGAGCAGUGAUUUAAGGGCUAAAGAUAUAUUUUUAGAACUCAGUCAAGUGUGAAGGUUAAUACCUGUUCCUUGUUUAUUCUGUGUCAUUUAACUUUCUGUGCUCGUCAAUAUACUGCACAAAAAACAAACAAACAAACUAAAAAAAUCUUCAGCCAUGAAUUACUGCUCACAUUUAUCAGCCAUGACCUUCACAAAGGCAAAGCAUCACCAAUAUCUGCAACUACCAAACUAAAUGACUUUUUCACCACAAGAUAUUUUCAUGGAUUAAUUGAUUGUUAUAUUAAGAAUCAUGCAAAGAUGAUAUGAAGCACUGGUGAACCAUGCAACAUGGAUCUGGUGAACAGCUCAGAUGAGUUCUUCCUCAUCAAUGCCACAGUCAGUCCCACAACCCUGGAGUCCUGGGACGACACGACACUCCUCAGCCUUCAGAUCUCCAUCUCCGCCAUGUUAGCCAUCGUCACUUUGGCCACCGCUCUGUCAAACGCUUUCGUGAUCGCCACCAUUUUCCUCACACGCAAGCUUCACACCCCCGCCAACUUCCUGAUUGGCUCUCUCGCAGCAACAGACCUCCUGGUGUCCAUUUUAGUCAUGCCCAUCAGCAUUGUGUACACAGUCAGUAAGACUUGGACUCUAGGUCAGAUCGUGUGUGAUAUCUGGCUAUCAUCUGACAUAACGUUUUGCACGGCUUCCAUUCUGCACCUGUGCGUGAUCGCGCUCGACCGAUACUGGGCCAUUACCGAUGCCUUGGAAUACUCGAAGCGGCGGACCAUGCGGCGAGCGGCACUGAUGAUCGGUGUAGUGUGGGUGAUCUCGGUCUCCAUCUCCUUGCCUCCUCUGUUCUGGCGGCAGGCUAAGGCCCACGAGGAGCUCACAGAGUGCAUGGUCAACACUGACCAGAUCUCCUACACGCUCUAUUCCACAUUUGGUGCAUUUUAUGUUCCCACUGUUCUCUUGAUGAUUCUCUACGGGCGGAUUUACGUGGCGGCUCGUUCCAGGAUCUUCAAAACACCGGCGACAAGCGGAAAACGGUUCACCGCUGCUCAGCUCAUUCAGAACUCAGCGGGAUCUUCGCUCUGCUCGCUGAAUUCCACCUCUAAUCAGGAGGGACAUCUUCAUUCUGGAGGAGGAGGAGGUGGCGGAGGAGGGUCUCCUCUUUUCACAAACAGCGUGAAAGUGAAGCUUGCUGAUAGCGUGUUGGAAAGAAAGCGUAUUUGUGCUGCUCGCGAGAAGAAGGCCACCAAAACUCUUGGGAUUAUCCUGGGUGCGUUUAUAGUGUGCUGGCUCCCAUUCUUCGUGUUCACGCUGGUGAUGGGGGUCUGUAAAGACUGCUGGUUUCAUCCUGUGCUCUUUGAUGUGUUCACCUGGCUGGGGUACCUCAACUCGCUCAUCAAUCCAGUCAUCUACACUGUCUUCAAUGAUGACUUCAAACAAGCCUUCCACAAGCUCAUCAAGUUUAAAAGAUGCUACUGAUGUUACAUGCCUCUCAUGUGUUUCGACAUGUUCAUGACAUAACUAGUGGAUGUCUGUGGAAAAUAUCUGAACCAGGUGAACAUUCAUUGUUCAUAUGCUUGGAGUACACAAUGUAUCCUGCCGUUUGUUUUUCAGCGAGCUCCUAAACGCGCACAUGGUGUCUGGUCGAUGUAUAGUAUUACUGUUCUCAUGAGACAGCUUGUAAAAUACUGUGUCAUAUUGUUGAUGCUUCCUCGUAGUUUAUGAAUGCAUGCAAAAAUUAUGAAUCCUUCACUAGAGAGUGACGUUUUACUGUCUCUGUAAUCAAUAGCUGUCUAUAAACGGCCUUAUUUAAAGGGGUGGUUGAUUGCAAUUUCACUUUUUUAACGUUAGUGUGUAAUGUUGCUGUUUGAACAUAAACAAUAUCUGCAAAGGUGCAGCGCUUAAAGUUCAAUAUAAAUGGAGAUAUGGUCUUUUAAAAUUCUGGCAUUAAUGCCUAUAAAAAUGGCUCAUAAAGGACUACAACAAGACUCUUCCCAAGUCACGAAAACCCAGACAAAGGGCCAUGCUGUGCUUCUUUAGAGAAGAGGAAGAGAAAACUAGGGGUGCACGUAAAUCUCUAUUCAUAUAUUUAACAGUGAAUUCAGGCUACACAUAUAUAUUUUUUUAACCAGUAUGUGUGUUCCCUGGGAAUCAAACCCACAACCUUUUGCGCUGCUAACGCAAUGUUGUACCACUGAGCUGCAGGAACUCGUAUGAACUAUAUGAAUCACGAUUCUGUCUUCUAACGAUUCUAAUGGUUUCAUAAGUUUCAAAACCAAUGCUCUAAAGCAGCAGUUCUCAAUCCUAUCCCUCAUGUCGCCCUGCUCUGCAUCUCUACCUCUCUCAUUCAGAUCGUCAGAUCAGCUCCAACAAACUGUUUUCACUUAUUUUCACAUAGCAAUGGGAAGUGUUAUACAUGGACGUGCAUAUGGUUGCUGUGCUGUAUUAAAGCUUUAAUCAGGAUAAAACCGUAUAUUAAAACUGGAGCAGUAGCAUUUAAAAACAGCAGCAUAUCUAAAAGUAUGAGAACAACAAACAAACAUACCAUUAAGAGCCAUGCUUGCACAGAUUCUGCUUGAUCCUCUUCAUUAAUAUUCUCUGUAUCUCAAAUUGAUAAGCAACAUAGAGGACUUCAUUUUUUACAAUACAACCAGAGCACAUUCUGAGCUUGAGGGGUAGGAUGUUCAGACAGACUUGAGGCGGUUUAGCGAAUCACAACAUACUGAGCCAGCUGAUCAAUCUCAGCCCAUCACGUAUAUAUAACAGGAAAUAAUCAAGGCAUCUGUCAGAGAAGGGACAGAUCGGUGAAGAAUAAAGGUAAAUUACGUGAAAAAUAAACAUGUGUUGUUUUUGUUUUUGUUUAGUUUUUAACUAAGAAUGAACACGUUAGACUGCACCCCAUCAACACAGUCAAGCCUAGAAAAAUAAGUCAACCACCCCUUUAACAGAAAUGGACUGAUAUUAAUAUGAAAGACACUUUAUUUAAAAAGAACACAAAUAAGUUAAGGUUGCUGUUCCCAUAGGAACACAGACAUGCCUCGCCUGAGAAAAGCGCUGACUCUUACAUAAACUUUCAUAUAGAAUCCCUAAAUAAAUACGUUCAUUAUAUAAGAUUAAACAAA